AUGAAGGAAAAUCAGACAGUGGUCACAGAAUUCAUCCUAUUGGGAUUUUGCCUUGGUCCAAGGAUUCUCAUAAUCCUUUUUGGACUUUUCUCUCUCUUCUACAUCUUCACCUUGCUAGGGAAUGGGGUCAUCUUGGGGCUCAUCUCACUGGACUCCAGGCUGCACACCCCCAUGUACUUCUUCCUCUCAAAUCUGGCCAUUGUCGAUAUUGCCUAUGCCUGCAACACAGUGCCCCAGAUGCUGGUGAACCUCCUGAAACCACUCAAGCCCAUCUCCUUUGUGGGCUGCCUAGCACAAACCUUUCUCUUUUUGACUUUUGCUCACAUUGAAUGUCUUCUCCUGGUGGUGAUGUCCUAUGAUCGAUAUGUGGCCAUCUGCCACCCGCUCCGAUAUUCUGCCAUCAUGAGCUGGAGAAUCUGCAUCACUCUGGCUGUCACUUCCUGGGUCUGCAGCUCACUCCUGGCCCUGGUCCAUUUAGUUCUCAUCCUGAGGCUGCCCUUCUGUGGGCCUCAUGAAAUCAAUCACUUCUUCUGUGAAAUCCUGUCUGUCCUCAAGCUGGCCUGUGCUGACACAACGCUCAACCAAGUGGUCAUCUUUGCAGCCUGUGUGUUCAUCUUGGUGGGGCCCCUGUGCCUAGUCCUGGUCUCUUACACCUGCAUCCUGGUUGCUAUCCUGAGGAUCCAGUCCAGGGAGGGCCGCACAAAGGCCUUCUCCACGUGCUCCUCCCACCUCAGUGUGGUGGGGCUCUUCUUUGGCAGUGCCAUUGUCAUGUACAUGGCCCCCAGAUCCAGCCACCCUGAAGAGCAGCAGAAGAUCCUUUUCUUGUUUUAUAGUUUUUUCAACCCUAUGCUGAACCCCCUCAUCUACAGCCUGAGGAACGCAGAGGUCAAGGUUGCCCUGAAGAGAGCGCUACACAAAGAAAGUAAUUCCCUAAUGUCAAUGACUUUUGAAUUGCCAGCCGCAGUCUCCCGGAGUCUUCAUUCCUAA